GUUCCAAUGGCUACUGCAAAUGACGACCCGCACCUGGGCAGUGGCCCAUCUGAGGACUCAGAGAUCCUCCUGGAUGACUCUGACUCGGGCAGCGUGCUUUCAGACGACUCGGUGCUUCCCAUCUAUGAAAGGGACGGAAAAUCAACAGAGCCGGCAAAAACAGUGUACGAGGCCUGUGCCAAGAACGACACUGCAUCCCUGCGCAGCAUCAUGGAGAGAGGAGUCACAAAAGAUGAAGUCAUGGAGCUAGACAUCAAUGGCAGGAAUGGGCUGAUGCUGGCUGUGUCCAAGGGUUUUGUGGACAUCGUCACCUUGCUUCACACAUGCCCAUUAAUAGACAUCAACCACCAAGACAAUGAUGGCAACACUGCUGUCAUGAUUGCAGCCCAAGCAGGCUUCAUCACCAUCCUGAACUAUAUCCUUAACUACUACCCUUGUGUGGACACUGAGAUCAGAGACCCCCGUGGGUUCACAGCUCUCAUCAAGGCAGGCCUACAAGGCAGAGAAGAGUGUGUCUCCGCAUUGCUAAUGCAUGGUGCAGAUGUCAAUGCGGUCGAUCUCGUCCAGGGGAAAGGUCUAAAAGACUGGGCCCUUAAGACAGGAAGGUUUGAGACUCUGAGCAGACUGCGUCGCCUGCAAACUCGUCCUAUCGCAGAACAGUUCUGUGACAGCUACAUUCCUGAGUGGCCUGAGCUAAAGCUACUGGUGGCAAAGGCCACUGCAGCCAAAACUGCAGGUCAGAAGCUGAGGCAGCGCUUAAAAGACAGUCUUAGUUUCAGCUUCCCACAUGACCCCCAAGACAAUGGGGUCAUGGACCACAUGGUGCGGAUGACUACAAGCAUCCACAGCCCCUUGAUAGCUACUGGUUGCCGUCCACUCUGUCCCACCAGCCCCCCAGAGAUUGGCAAGCGACGAUUUGCUGUACCGGAACUGCUUGACAAGCACAGCAGCAAGGAACUGGAGGAGAGCACGGUGUCUCACAGUAAUGGCUCCAUCACUUCAGCUUCACCUGUGUCAGCCACCUCUGUGUCACUGACCUCCUGCUGCCAAGACUCAGAGCGCAGGCAAAGCUCGCCAACAGGUGGCGUGAAAAGCUUCAUGCCCCGCAGCAUGGCACACAGAAACAGCAUCUUCCCCUCAGGCUGCAUUCCCAAAAUUGAAGUUACAAAAUCUGGGGAGCGCACUCCAAAGAAGGAGAAAAAGAACAAAAGGCAAAAGGGUUACCUGGAACCGCCUGUCUGGAAGUACAAGGAAGCCAAGGAGGAAAAAAAGAGAGAGAAGAAACAGCAAGGAAAGGAAAAAGAGGAGCAGAAAAAAUCGAAGGGGUCCAAACGUUCAUGAACUCUUAACUACACAGUCAUCGCGAUGGAAUGA